AGACGUACUAGGGGUUGUUGGCGCAAAAUAUUUCAAGCGUUGUAAUUAGUAGUGAAGAUGUAACUAAGGCACUUACAUGCUGCAAAUCAACUAAGGUUUUUGUUUAUGGAAAGGCGAAAGGUAUUUAUUGAUUUCAUCUGAGAUAGUUAUUUUGAUAGUCUUAUAAUUUAAGUUUUUGAACUUAUAUAACUUAAUAAUAGGAAUACGCAUGCUGGAAAGUGCAUUUAUUGGAUAUUAUUUUAAGUGUUUUGUGUUGGAGUGGACCGUUUCGGAUUUUCUACCAACUAAAGGCGUUACCAACUUGUUUUACCAGGGAUAAGUACCAGAGAAAGAAAGACAACUCGUGACCAUGUUUGCCGCUGACACGACACUAGUUGCCUCCCUUAUACUGUCGUGUGCCACACUCGCUCUAUCGACGUUUGCGUCCCGAUGCGGUAUGACUCGAUGCACGCGCGACAAGGGAUGUAUGAAGAACUUUAUUGACUGCCGCUGCGUUCCCCCGGAAGUGGCGAAGGCCUUGGGUGAUCAUCUUGCUUUCAGAAAUAUAUGCACGUAUUCCCUAUAUGUCUUGAAGAUCGGAGAGCCGCGAUGUUGCUAUCGAUACAAAGGAAAAGAAAAGCCGUUCAAUACAGGCGUUGAAGGGUUACCUCCAGAUGUGAUACUGUCACCGGGCAACCCAUCUUAUAACGUCAACCCUCCGUAUAACGUAAUAGUCUCGGCGAGGGAGAUGGGCGCCCCUAAGUUGCAGCGCGUACUGAGCUCCGUGGGCAUUCCAGAUGUUGCACUCGAUACAGAAAUCGAAAAUGCCUGGCCAGUGGAACGCAGACCAUGGGAAACUGGGGUUCGGAUAAAUAGACAAACACAUGAAUUAAAUGACGCUUCGGAAUCAGUAUCUUUGGUAAAGAAACAAUCUUACAUGAUUCAAAGACGAGAAAUAAUGUUUCGAAGUGACUCUCGUGGUUUAGAUGAUGUGGUCAAAAUGUUAGCCUAUCUAAUCACCCUUAAAAACAAUAAAUACGAUCGGAAAUAUAUGUUGCCCUCGGACUAUGUGGAACGUAAAGUGGCAACAAGUGCUGUUUCAAAUACCACGAUUCUCUAUGAUCUGUUGUACAAUCUAUUGAUAAAGUGAGGAUGAAUUUAACAGUGAUAACUAAUGUGAUUGAUUGACAAAUGAAGCGCACCCCACCCUUAACCCAUUUAUGCCUAGCGUCUAGAAAA